AUGAGGAUAGGGAAGCUGUGGGCCACCUUGGCCAUUUCCACCCCCCUGAUCUUCAGUUGUGCCAUGCCCUCCAAUGGCCUGGACGGCGCUAAGGAAGAUCUGCAGUCUGUGGGCACUGCCAUCGAUGCCAUAUUCGACCGGAUUCUGCGGGAUGUAGAGAAGGAUAUUAGCCAUGGCAAAGCCCUCCAAGCUUGCGGUCCCAGCGGUUCCCGCACGCAAGGUGCGGAGAACUGCAGGCGCGUGCUGAAAGGAGAGCCUGACGAAUCUCGUGAGUUGCUGCCGUACCUGCUUAAGGACCAGGAGGCCAUGAGGCUGUGGCGGGAUCACUUCCGUCGGCACGUUAGCGAGCUGGUAUCCAAUGCAUCGGAACAAAGCGGGGCAGAUACCCCUCUUCAUGGGCCAGUAUUGAAAAGCCUCGCGGAAAGCGAAUUCUGGGGAAGCCGACCAGCUGUUAGCAACGGAGCUCUGCAGCACUUGCGGGUGAAAAUGCAGCGGCUGAAGCUGCAAGCAGCUGAGCAGGGCCUAGACCCUGAACAGGCGGUGACGUGGGAAGCAGAAGUGUCUCCUCGCUUCAAGCAUCACAGCAUCAAAGACGCGAAAAGGCAGAUGGGUACUUACCUUUCUUUCUAUUCAGAUCCAGACAAGCCAGAGGUGCCGCUUGGGGAACCUUUGCCUGUGAAGGUGUUUGGGGAGACGCAUCAGGUUCUGAAAACUGACAAGUUCGACGCCAGAGAGGCCUUUCCUCAGUGCGCAGAGGUGAUUGGCCAUGUCCGAGACCAAGGCGACUGCGGCUCGUGCUGGGCCUUCGCCAGCACGGAGGCCCUGAACGACCGCUUCUGCAUCAAGUCAGGCGGCCGCCAUCGGGAGACUUUGUCGCCGCAGCACACGACUUCAUGCUGCGACCUGUUGCACUGUUUGUCUUUUGGCUGUUCCGGGGGCCAGCCGAGGAUGGCUUGGCGGUGGUUUUCGAACGAUGGGGUGGUAACCGGCGGUGACUACAACGAGCUGCACACUGGCAAAAGCUGCUGGCCUUACGAGAUUCCCUUUUGCCAGCACCACUCGGAGGGGCCCUACCCAGAGUGUGAGGGGCCCUUGCCCAAGGCUCCAAAGUGCCGCAAGGAUUGUGAGGAAGCAGAGUACACCAGCAAGGUGAAGCCAUUCAAGGAUGAUCUACAUUUCGCCACGAGUGCAUACAGCGUGGAAGGUCGGGACCAAAUUAAACGGGAACUCAUGGAAAAUGGCUCUCUCACCGGCGCUUUCCUCGUUUAUGAGGACUUCCUGCUGUACAAGGAGGGGGUGUAUCACCACGUGACAGGCAUGCCCAUGGGUGGUCACGCAGUGAAGGUGAUUGGCUUCGGGAACGAAGAUGGGAGGGACUACUGGCUAGCUGUGAACAGCUGGAACGAAUACUGGGGAGACAAGGGCACUUUCAAGAUUCAAAUGGGAGAGGCAGGAAUAGAUAAAGAAUUCUGUGGAGGGGAGCCGAAAGUGCCCAAUGACAAAGACGCCUCCUUGCUGCCGUCAGCGCAGGACCUAUGA